GACAGCAGAAAAGAAGAAAUGUCCAUGCCCAGCAUCAUCAUUUUAGCUCCUUCAAACCCACCUCUCUGUUAUCAUAUUAAUUCUCUCCGCCAACUCAUUCUCCCUCUUUUCUCUUUCUCACACGCUUUUCAUGCAUUUUCAAUUAAUGCACCAUCUUCUUCACCCCCAACCACAACCUCUCUGCUCUCCACUGCUUUUACCCCUCUUGCUCAAAUUUAAAGAAACUGUUGGGCUCACAUUUGCUUCAUGCAACAACAAGCUGUCUUGGUUACCGGUCCACAUCAUCUUCAAACCAACUUGAUGUUUGACUGAGAGAAGAAGGGACCCAGAAUCUAUAUUCACUUAUUCAGAAUCUUGUGACUCUUCCUAACUGUCUUUUGCUUGGUCAAAUACUAUCUGAUCUGUCAAAUAUUAUUGAGAUUGAUUCUGGUCUACCAAGAAGAAGAAGGCUGUUCUUCGAUUUAAUCCAGAUGGUCUGUUGCUUCCGGGUCUGAUAUAAUGGGGGGUUGUGUCUCGAUUAGUAGCAGGAGUAAUGGAGAAAGGAUAUCUCCUUCGUGUCUGUGGAUAGACAUGUUUCGGCGCAAGAGGAGUAGGAGGACAUUUUCUGACCACGGCACAACAUUGCAACAUCUAUCCGCUGUCCCUAACCGGAUAAUCACCAACGGGAGGAGCAGCAGUUCUUGCAUAUUUACUCAGCAAGGCCGGAAAGGCAUAAACCAGGACGCUAUGAUCGUAUGGGAAGAUUUUAUGGAAGAGGAUGUUACCUUCUGUGGUGUCUACGAUGGCCAUGGUCCCCACGGACAUAUGGUGGCUCGGAAAGUCAGGGACACGCUGCCGCUGAAGCUCUCCUCUUUUAUGAACUCAUCCGAGUCAAAGAAGAAUGGUUCAAGCGCGAAUUGCUGUAAUGGGAAUGUGAAAUCAGAUGUGGUAGAUCCCAUGAAGGAUACACCUGUCGAGGAGGGAGUGGAGUCUUUCUGGGGAGACGCUUUUCUGAAAGCAUAUAAGUCGAUGGACAAAGAGUUGAGAUCCCAUCCUAACUUGGAUUGCUUCUGCAGUGGCAGCACCGCUGUGUCGGUUAUAAAACAGGGUCAAAAUCUUUUCAUUGGAAAUAUUGGUGACUCUAGAGCUAUUUUGGGAUCUAAAGAUAGCAAUGAUGUGAUGGUGGCAAUCCAAUUAACAGUUGAUCUAAAGCCCGAUCUGCCUAAGGAGGCAGAGAGGAUUAAGAGGUGUAAAGGUCGAGUUUUUGCUUUACAAGACGAGCCUGAAGUACAAAGAGUGUGGCUGCCAUUUGAUGAUGCCCCUGGUCUAGCAAUGGCUCGAGCGUUUGGGGAUUUUUGUUUGAAGGAAUACGGAGUUAUCUCUGUCCCUGAAUUCUCUUAUCGAACUCUCAGUGACCGAGACAAGUUCGUUGUUCUUGCUUCAGAUGGGGUAUGGGAUGUCCUUAGCAACGAGGAAGUGGUCGAGAUAGUAUCAUCGUCCCCAACGAGAUCCUCAGCUGCCCGUAUCCUAGUCGAGAACGCUGCCCGCGAAUGGAAAGCCAAGUAUCCGACAUCAAAGAUGGACGACUGUGCUGUCGUCUGCUUAUUCCUGGACGGGAAGAUGGACACGGAGUCCGAUUACGAGGAGCAGGGCUUCUCCUCAGCAACCCUCCAGAGCAACCACUCGGGCAACGUCGUGGAAUCAGACGAUGGCCAGCACUCCGAGCCAUGCCUGCAGCGGAACAACACUGUCAGGUCGUCGGAGGACAACGAGCACUACAGCAGGGUGCCGGUUGUGGCGGACGAUGGGGAGAACGCCGGUGGCAGCGAGGAUCAGAACUGGUCGGGUUUGGAAGGCGUGACCAGAGUGAACUCUCUUGUUCAGCUUCCCAGAUUCUCCGAGGAAAAGCCGAGGCCGUAACGACGUCGUUUAAGUGACUUGUUUAGUUGUAACACUGCUGUGUUAUGUUUGAAAAGUACAAGAAAUGUGUUCUACUAUUUUUUUCUUUUUUUUUCUUUUUCUAAAAUUUGAUCAAAUUUAUUUAUGGUUCUGGCAUA